CGGUCGUAGCAGUGUGUCAUCUGUUGUUAUUGUUUCGCUGGGCAGCUGAUAAAUGAUCGACUGUCCAAGUUUUUAAUAUUUCAUUUUGUAGACUUUACUGAAUCGCAUUAAGACAUUUUUAGAACGUGAUACCGCGACUGUUCAAUGGGCGCCGUUGAAAGCACCGAGGGUGAAACGGAACCUUUAUUGGUUCCAGCCCAGCACGCGACAAACACAGCUCCGGUGUUCAGCAGGGUGUACGGGAGAAGAUGGUUUGUUCUCACCAUGUUUUCACUGCUGGGUUUUAUGCAAGGACUGGUGUGGAACACCUGGGGACCGAUCCAGAACUCGGCUAAACAUGUGUUCGAGUUCUCUUCAACAGAAAUCGCAGUGCUGGUGCUGUGGGGUCCAGUUGGUUACCUGCCCUGGCUACUGUUUAUGUGGUUGAUGGAUAAAAAAGGUUUGCGAGUGUCUCUGCUGCUGUCAGCAUUCUUCAUGGUACUUGGCACAUUGUUAAGAUGUGUGCCCCUCAAAGACCUGCACUAUAGACGCUGGUUAAUUCAUGGAGGGCAACUUCUAAAUGGUUUAGCUGGUCCAACCAUUAUGAGUGCUGGUCCUUUGCUCUCUACUACUUGGUUUGCUCCUGAUCAAAGGGCCACGGCCACUGCUAUUGCUUCACUGGUCUGCUACCUGGGGUCAGCCUGCGCCUUUCUGAUUGGUCCAUUGGCUGUCCCUGCACCCAAUGAUACCCAGAUAGUGGGCACAUCGAUCCACUGGGACCAAAACCAAAUCAGAGACAGGAUACAAUUUGUCCUUUAUACAGAGUUCGGGAUGAUUGCGGUACUUUUCAUGGCCGUGCUGUUCUAUUUCCCUUCACGGCCACCCAUCCCUCCCAGCGUGGCAGCAGCCAGCCAGCGUCUCAGCUACAGGAGCAGCAUCUGCAGACUGUUAAGCAACAUGCGGUUUCUGAUGAUAGCGCUUGCCUACUCUGUGCCCACUGGGGUUGUUGCUGGCUGGGCCGGUGUGCUGGACAUGAUUCUAACACCUGCCAAUGUCAGCCAGGUGGAUGCUGGCUGGAUUGGGUUCUGGUCCAUUGUUGGAGGCUGUGUGUUUGGUUUGGCUAUGGCAAGGUUUGCUGACUCAAUUCGAGGAAUGCUGAAGCUGAUUUUAGUGCUGAUGUUUGCCGGAGCAUCCCUGGCGGCCACCUGGUUCACCCUCACCUGCCUGACCAGGCUCACUCACCUCCCCUCCACUAAAGCCACUCUCUACACCUCCUGUAUCCUAGUGGGUAUCUUCAUCAACAGUAGCGUGCCCAUCUUCUUUGAACUUUUUAUUGAGACAGUUUAUCCUGUGCCCGAGGGCAUCACCUGUGGAGUUGUCACCUUCCUCAGCAACCUCUUCACUGGACUUUUACUGUUUUGCCUCACCUUUUACUUCACAGAGCUGUCCUGGUUGAAUUGGUGUCUGACAGGUUCCUGCAUCUUCAGUCUCCUCCUCCUCCUUUUCUUCAGGGAAUCGUACGACCGACUCUAUUUGGAUGUCUUUGUGUCUGUCUAAGCACACGAGUGAGCUGCUUUUAACAGACAAAGACUGAUAUUUUUGCUAACACUAUUGCAAAAAGAGUAAAGAAAAGGCGCACAAAAUGUUGCUCACUUUUAUGGAUUGUUCUUUUUUUACUUUUCAUUUUUUUCUACCAGCAUUGGGGACAUUGUGAACAGUGUGUUGUUACAACAUUACUUACAUUGGGAACUGAGACCUGACUAGGGAAGAUAUACAUGUAGAUAUUUACCUUUUGUACUAAUAUAUAUAUAUAUAUAUAUAUAUUAGUCUUUUUAAAGUUUUUAAAAAAUAAAUAAUUUAUCAGUGGUAAUUAUGUUAACAUACUGUCAUAUUGGGAGGGUCUCUUUUUGCUCACAUGGUGAGUAAUGCUGGUAAAAGUGGAAAUACUGUAGGAUUUAGCAGUGCCCUGUAACAAUGGCUCCUCUAGUACUCUCACGACAUCUAAUGGAAGCAUAAUGGAAAAUUAUAGACCAGCUCAAUUAGUUGUCUGCCAAGAGCAAUGGUGGCCUUUGGAUACUCUUUGUACUGUAGUGUCGCUUGUGAAUAGCCUGUUGGAUCUGAGCUUUAAUUGACCUGUGAUAGGCCUGUCCAUAAGCGGCAUACGCUUGGGUCCUCCAAUCCUUUAUCAACCCAUAUUAUACAAAGGUUAAUAAACCCCUUUGUGCUCUUCACCCUUUGGGAUUUAGCUAAUAGACUAGCAAGGAUAAAAUUGUAUAGAUUGCUGUGAUUGGAUAAGCCCUUAUGGUUCGUCAGAUUGCAUGGCAUGUUACCUCACGGUUUCUUUGAGGUCAUAGAUUAGGUGAAGAGAGAUCUGUCAUAUUCACCAAUGUUAAGGUAGCUGUUUGUGUUUUUCCCAUUCUUAUGUGAAUUUAUGGUUCGGUUUAUACUGUAGCUGUAGCAUGCACAAAGUGGGUGUCUAUUGCACAAGUGUUUUAGUGGUUUCACCUUUUACAGAUGUAAACACUGAAGAAAUAAAGCAUCUUAAACUGACCUGGGAUUCCUGGCUUAGAGAAAGGUUUGGGUGCUAGACCAGCAAGCAAGUGGAGGCUGAAACACCUUAAACCAGCCUAAGAUGGUUUGUUAUCAGGUUGGAAUACUACUAAGAUCAGCAAACCAUUUAAGGCUGGUUUAAGCAAUUUUUUCUUGCAGGGAAAAUUGAAUUUUAUGCAUUCUGUCAUGCAAGGGAAUUUAAAUGUAAUUUAUUGACUUCUAUAUCUUACAUUUAGCACAUUUUAGAGAUUAAUACACUAAUAUUGACAAUAAGGGACUGUUAACAGUUUUAAUGUGUGAAUACUAUUACAGAAGAGCGUUUUGAACAUGGCAUUAUGAAAUGCUGGAACAGUAAAACAAUAUUCACCAGCAAUAAUUGCCAUGUAAGGUAGCCGUUUGCGAUAUGUGACAGCCUCAUGCAACAAAAAGUGCAUUACUUCCUCUCGAAUUUAACAUUCAGCCUGACCCAUGAACCCAGUUGAAAUUAUUAUAAGGAGAGAAUAUAACUAGUUUCCUUAUGUUGGUGGACUUCUGUCUUCUGCCUCUCCUGCAAUCACCAUGAGCCCCUAAAGAAAUGGACCUCAUCUGAAUCUGGGCUAUUUCACCAUUUAAUCUGCAUGCAACUCUGCCAGGGAAGAUGAAAUGUGUAAUUUGUGGCUUGAGACAAAUAGAUAUCUGAUGUUGGAUUUGGUGUGGAUCAUCUAGAAUCAGAGCAGAAGUGAUUCAUAGUUCUCCGUGAUGGAAAGGAAAUGCAUUUUAUGGAUACACUGAAUCAUUUAAACCCACGAAUUUCAACAGCUUUGUAUUAGACUUUGGAAACCUGGUUCUGUUCUGCUCUGGGAAAAGCCUGCAUGUGAAUAACUUUUUUUUUGUCCUUGUACAAAAUUCUCCUCUUUUAUAUGUCAUUGACAUUGCCUUAAUUAACAGUGACAUUUGUUCUGUCCUCCUCUCCACUGUGAUGUGUAAAGUGCGGCAGUCAGUGCUUGUUCUCUGUUCUGUCAUUACAAUGUUAAUAGUAACUGACACUGGGGUCAAAGUGUAUGUGGCCCCGUCCAUGUACAAAUUCAUGGCAACGAUUUUUAGCACCUUAAUAAAAACCUGUUUUUAAGAA